AAGCACCCGCUCCAAAACCAGUGGAAGUUAUGGUAUAUUAAAUACGACAAAAAUAAAAGUUGGGAGGACAACAUGAAGCAAAUAGCCUCCUUUGAUAAUGUAGAAGACUUUUGGGCACUUUUUAACCAUGUUGUUAAGCCUAGCGACCUGAAAGCUGGUUGUGAUUACUGCUUAUUUAAGGAUAAUAUCUCACCAAUGUGGGAAGAUGAACGAAAUAAAAAAGGGGGUAGAUGGCUACUACAGCUAGCUAAGGAUAGACGAAAGAGUUUAGAUUCUCUUUGGCUUGAAACUCUAUUUUGUCUUAUUGGGGAAAUGUUCGGUGAUAACGGUGACGAUAUUUGUGGAGCUUACAUCCAGAUUAGAGGCAAAGCCGAUAAGUUAGCAAUCUGGACUACAGAUGCAACUCAUAAAGACAGAAUACUUGGAAUCGGGUAUACUAUGAUUGUUUUCUGCUUUAUUAGAGUACUAUUCUGA